UUACAUGAAGGUCCGUCCUCUUGCUGCUGCUGAAGCGGGAGGAGCUAGAAGAGAGGAAAGGAGUCGAGGAGGGAGUUGAGGGCGUGAAAAUUAGGAAAUGAGAUAGCAGGAGUCUGACGACAUAUAAAGAUACAAAUGCAACAAUGUCCGACGAGCCUGGGCCGGCUGGAGCUUCGUCUCAGUGUGCAGGGAUAGUGAUAGCUGUAUUAUCAAGUUUCAUCAAUGGCUCGACGUUUGUGCUUCAGAAAAAGGGGAUCUUACGCUCUCGCGAUAAAGGAAGCUCGUAUCUGACGGACAUCGUGUGGUGGAGCGGCACACUGUGCAUGAUUAUUGGUCAAAUUGGGAAUUUCUUGGCAUACAACGUGGCCCCUGCUGUGAUAGUUACCCCUCUAGGAGCGCUUGGAGUGCUGUUUGGGGCAGUGCUGGCUUCUUGGAUCUUAAAAGAACAUUUAAACAUCCUGGGGAAGCUGGGCUGCAUAUUAUGUUGCUGUGGCUCCAUUGUGCUCAUCCUUCAUGUCCCCAAAGCUGAGGCAACUUCAAGACUGGAGCUUGAGGAGAGGCUGUCUGACCCAGUGUUUGUAAGUUAUAUUCUGUUGGUGGUCCUGCUGCUGAUCACUCUAAUCACGUGGAUUGCUCCCGCUCAUGGAAAAACCAACAUCAUGGUGUAUGUCAGCAUAUGUUCCCUCUUGGGAAGCUUCACGGUUCCAAGCAGCAAAGGACUCGGCCUGGUAGCCCCAGAUGCUUUUCGUGAAGGCCCGUCUAGCAGCAGACCCCUGGCUCUCUUCCUGGCCCUUUUGGGGACGCUGGCUAUUAGUGUCCUGACACAGUUCUUCUUCAUCAAUAAAGCCUUGGAAUGCUUCAGUUCCAACAUAUUUGAAUCUAUAUACUAUGUGACAUUCACAUCCGUUGUGAUUUUUGCCUCCGGUCUUCUCUUCAAGGAGUGGACUGCACUUACUUUAACGGACGGUCUUGCCAUGCUUUGUGGUUUUACAACAGUAUGCAUUGGAGUUGCAUUACUGCGUAUUUCCCAGGAAGCUUUGGUCACCUGGAGGAAGAAGACGAAGAAGAAGGAGGAGUGGGAGAAGGCAGAUUGAUUAAAACGCCUUCAUAUUUACAAGACUUUUGUGACACAUUGCAUUUCUGUUACAUUGAUUAUGUACUUUACACAAUGUCUUUUUUUUAAAUAAUUUAUAAAUGUUGUUAUUUACAUGAUAAUUCCUCAUUUACUUUAAUUGAUACUCAUAGUUUUGCUUCGUCUGAGGUUUUAAUAGCAAACUCAAAUAUGGCUGGGGGGGUGCUGUUUGAACUCACCUCAGCCAGGUAAUAAAGUGGUCAUAAAACACCUGAAAUUA